AUGUCAAUAUUCUUCAUCCACUACUCGUCUAAAUUCAUCCAUCGGUGCAACAUUCGGCAAAGGUUAAUUAUUCUUACACCUUUAUUAUUUUUUUGUCUAUAUUUUUAUUUUAAGGCUAAAAUGUUUCGGCACCGCGUGCGUGCAAGGGAGCGAGUGAGACGGCGAGCACACUACGAGGAACUUAGAAACUUCCGAACAACACAAGCGUUCGACCAAUGGUGGACGUCAGGGGAGCGAACUAAUUGGAGGAUCAAUUCACGCCAUCCUCACGUUAGUGGCACAGUCGAAUAUUGGACAUGCUCGUUUGUUGAAGGCCGUCGUCGUACUUGCCCUGCUCGUCUAAGAAUAACCUUCGACAGGGAUAAACGAUUCGUCAGUGUCUGCAGAGCUAAAGAUCGCCAACAUUGUCAUCCAGUUGUGGAGACCAUCGUGAACGAGGACAGCGAAAUCCUCAACAUUCAACAAGUAGCGCCGUAUAAAAUGGAGACAGCCCGGAUUAUUCGUGUCACUACUAUUGGCUCUACUCUAAAUUCGUGAAGUACUCGAACAAACCAGACAAGAUGAAGUCUACAACGGGUUCAAAUAAAAAAUUAUGUGAUAAUUGUUUAUAUUAUGUUUAUUGUUUCUAUUGUAUACU